UCAGCAUUCUUGGAGAGUUGGUUUAGGAACCGUUGUGGUUGGGGGGACUCUGGUUACUGUUUCACCAACACUUUCGAAAGCGAAGACAAAGUAAGAUCCGGGAAGAGAGGAAGGAGAUUUGCCGAGAAAACAAGAGAAGAACAGAUCGUUAAAGGAAAUCAAAUAAAACGAAAACCUGAUGGAAGCAUUGAUGGGUUCACGAGUUACACCAAUUCGUGUUUCCUCCAUUCCACCCCGGUCUCCUUUUCUUCCUCCGUCUUUCAUGAAUUUGAAGAAAAAUUUUAAUGGCAGUCAAGUUGGGGCUAUGAGACAUCCUAAAUCGUUCAACUCAAUUGCUAUUUCAGCUCAAUCAUUAGAAGCCUCCACACUGGGUCGCUUCAACAAUACCAUGCCAUCCAAAGAGGUUCUUGAGAUAUGGAGAAAUUCUGAUGCUGUGUGCUUCGACGUGGAUAGCACCGUGUGUCUGGAUGAGGGUAUUGAUGAGCUUGCAGAAUUUUGUGGAGCAGGAAAAGCUGUUGCAGAAUGGACUGCUCGGGCAAUGUCUGGUUCUGUACCAUUUGAGGAGGCCUUGGCUGCCAGAUUAUCUCUGUUUAAACCCUCUCUCUCCCAAGUUGAGGAUUUUCUUCAGAAGAGGCCUCCAAGGAUUUCACCUGGGAUAGAUGACUUAGUCAAGAAGCUGAAGGCUAAGGGUACGAGCGUUUAUCUGAUCUCCGGAGGAUUUCGUCAAAUGAUAAAUCCUGUUGCAUCAAUCCUUGGUAUUCCUCCUGAGAACAUUUUUGCCAACCAACUGUUAUUUGGAGAUUCUGGAAAUUUUUUGGGGUUUGACACAAAUGAGCCCACCUCAAGGAGUGGAGGAAAAGCUACUGCAGUGGAGAAAAUAAUGAAGGAUCGUGGAUACAAGGCACUGAUUAUGAUUGGAGAUGGUGCUACUGAUCUUGAGGCCCGUAAGCCGGGAGGUGCUGACUCGUUCAUAUGCUAUGCUGGUGUUCAACUUCGAGAGGCCGUUGCAGAAAAAGCUGAUUGGUUGGUGUUUGAUUUUAAGGAUUUACUAAGUUCCUUGGAUUAGCAUAUGUAUUCUUUUCAGGCUUCUUUCUUUCUUAGUCUGUAAUUCUUGUAUUAAACUUUCCUGAUUGGUUUCUCUCUACAUUGGUUCUAAGCAUUGUUAUUAUGUCAACAAAUGAUGUAAAAACAUUUUUUGGUCCAUUAAUUCUUCUGAAAUGAUGAUACUGCAGAUUUCACUCUA